UUAGUAGUGCCAUCUCUAUUUAGCGUAAAUCGUCAUUUAUUUAGUUUUUAUUGUUGUUUUGAAAUUUCGACAAAAUGUUUUCGGUCUUUGGCAAGCGCAAGCCCGCAACCACACCCACAGAAGAGGUCAUACAAGGUCCUGCGGAUGCGCCACGCCCCAGCACUGGCGAUGACUUUGUGUUCAUUGAGCGAAAGCCCAGCCCAGCAGCUCCUGGCAGGAUAUACCCGCCCGCGGUGCCCUUCGCGGCGCCAGUAAGCGGCCCACCAAGCUACAACUAUCUGGACGACAUACCCUUUCAGCUGUCACCGCAACUGACCACCAAGGACGCCAGUCUCAGUGCCGAGCAGCAGAUGGACGCCGCUCUGGCCCUCCUAACGCGCCAGGUGUCCGUCGAUCGUCUGGCCGAGGAGUACACCUUCGCCCUGGAGCGCUCCGUGCAGAAAGAUAGCAACUAAAAGAGCAGUUUACAUAUAUACUAGACACAAACACACACACAAAUAGCUUUAAAUUAUGUAGUUUUAAUGGAAGUAAAUGAUUUAAUGUUGUAGG